AUGUCGUGCAUCCACCUCCACUUGGGCCAGGCCGGAAUCCAGCUGGGCGAGUCGUUUUGGAGGCUAGCGGAGGAAGAAUUUCUCGUCGACGACGUGAGGGCGGGAGGCGGAGGCGACGGCAGCUACAGUGGCAGGGGUAGCGGCCGCGCAGCACUGCCGUCGAGAAAGCCACCAAUGCGGCGGAUGCGGCCCGGAGGGACGGCUAUGUUCCACGAAGACGACGGCUGGGCGAGGUGCCUGGUGGUGGAUAGCGAGCCCAAGGUGGUGCAAGGCUUCCAAGGUCGCCUGGAGUCACUUCGGCCCGAGAACGCUAUCUACUCGCAGAGCGGUCUGGCCAACAACUGGGCCAUGGGUUUCGCUUCUUGCAGAUCCGAUGUUAGAGGGGAAGAGGGCCCGUUCUCUCGCUGCAUGGAGGGGAUGCGGAAAGAGGCAGAGCGGUCUUGCUGGCUCAACAGCGCCGUGAUGACGCACAGCUUAGCGGGCGGGACGGGCUCAGGCCUUGGCUCGGGUCUGCUCCAGGCGCUGCGCGACGAGUACCCAUCCCUGUACCUCAUAUCAGCCUGCGUGGGACCCUUCGGGACCGGCGACACCCCCCUGCAACACUACAACUCCGCGCUGGCUCUCCAGCACCUCCAGGCCUACGCCGACUGCGUGAUCUACCGAGGGAACGACGAUCUCCUCCGAGGGGCCGCUGAGGCAUCGGCCAGGAUAAGCGCGGCGACGUCUUCGCCGGCGGUGUCCGAUUCACGGUGGGCCGCGAGCGGCGGACCCCGAAGCGGCGGCGGGGCCGCGGGGUGGCGCCCGGUCGGUGUUUUGUCGAGACACGGCGGUAGCGGCGGCGGCGGCGGUGGGGGUGGUGGUGGUGCCUCGGGAAGGGGAAGGAUGGUCGUUUCCACGGCGGAUAUGAACGCCUCCCUAUCUCUGGACAUGGCGUCCUACUUCUUCCCGACCAGCCGGCCGUUUGACCGCUUCCAACCCGCGCCGCCGACGGUAGAAGGCCGCCCCCGCUCCCACCAACAGCAGCAGCAGCAGCAGCAACGUCAAGAGAUGGCGCAGAGGCCCUUCGAUGGGGGCUCUCUGAUGGCAGCUGCCGUCCCCCUCCCUGCGGCGAAGUUCGUGGACUUGCGUUCGACGCUCUCCGCCGGACCCCUUGCUUCUGAUAGUGGUGGUAUUGGUCAGGGCUUGUUCUCGUCGUCAUCGCUACCGUCUUCGUCGACAACGAAGAAGGACUGGGCAGCGCUCGCCAACGACCACGGGAGAAAGGUGCCUCUCUGCCCGCGGAGGGCGGGCGGGCUCGACGACGACGCCUGCGUCGCGGCGCACCACCUCAUUCGCGGGGCCACCUUUGGCGCGGCAGGAACCGGCGCUGCUGCGGCUGCCCGUAACGGUGGAGGUAUGAGCGCUGGACGUUCCUUGGAGUCCAACAGCCGACGGCGAAGAAGCCGCGGUGGCGGGCGCGUUGGAGGGACCCCUCCUGUGGUAGCUUCAGCAGUGGCGGCUGGAGCGGGGGCGAUGUCGGCGGCGGCCCAGGAAGCCGGCGAGGCGUUGCGACGGCAUCACGAGUGCCAGAAGUGGCGGACUGCGAGCGAUGUCUCUUGCGCUCCCGGUUGCGCUCAGCAUAGUGAAUGGGUGCGUACGUUGGUUCAUUCAGCCCUACGCUCCCAAGGGGUGUUGCGGUCCGUGACGACGGUGUGCAACCAGACGAGAAUACGUGGGGUCCUCCGCGACGUUGUCAAGCGAGCGGAGGGCAAGUUUCGGGCGAGAGCAUACCUACACUGGUACUACCGACAUGGUUUGGAAGACGAGGACUUUCUGGCAGCCUUUGAGGGCGUGCGAACGGUGGAGCGUGGCUACGAUGGACUCGCGAGGGCGUUCGGUUGCUCCAGCGGCAGCGGAGAAGCAAGAAUCGUGUGGUAG